AAUUGUGUCAAAAUGUAGUUUGAAUACUUUGAAUUAACAUUAUUGAUUUUAUGCUAUUUUGAUCAUAUUAACUAUAUGUACAGGAAACUAAGUGCUCAAUUCCAUGACUAUUUAAGCCUUUUACUAUUAGUAGACGCCGAACGCAGCGCCAAUUAUAUGAAAUAGUCCGAGGAGUGCACGUGGUGACAUGGCGCUGUGUUUUAAGUUGUUUCGGGUCGUGUUUUCGCUGUUUAUUGCGAGCAAAGUUGUGAGAGCGACCGACGAGCUCCGGGCCAGAAACGAUGAACCAGGCCCAUGCAAUUCUUGUAAAGUCUUCGCGGAAUCCUUUGAAAAGGGUCUACAUCGCACAGCACCAAUCUUUGAGACCCAGAGCCAAGAACGCCUGACAAACAUCUUGCAGGGGAUAUGCGAGGAGCCCCGCUACAAGAGCAAGUGCCUUGAGACUGCUGGUGUGGCUCAAUCCCACAUUGAACAAUGGUUGCUGCAGGAGGAGCCUCCGGAGUUCUUCCAGUACAUAUGUAUUGAUAAACUUGAGGUAUGCUGUCUGAAGCACAACUACGGGCGCUCCUGCCAGCCGUGCCCACGCGACGCGGGCGGCGCGGUGUGCGGGGGGCACGGGCGCUGCCGCGGGGACGGCACGCGGCUCGGCAACGGGACGUGUCACUGUGACGCGGGGUACAAGGGCGAGUUGUGCCAGGACUGCGUCACGGGUCAUUACAAAGCUUCAGGAGAGUCGGGACCAGAGUGUAAGCGCUGCCACUACUCGUGUUCGGGCGGCUGCCGCGGCGGGGCGCCACUGGACUGCGUAGCUUGCCGACCCGGAUUUACAUUCGAACCGGACGUCGGCUGCCACGACAUCAACGAAUGUAAUGACAUUAACAUCUGCGCCAAGAACGAAUUCUGCCUCAACUCCAUGGGCUCCUACAAAUGUAUGGCGUGCGACCGCGCGUGCAAGGGCUGCUACGGCGACAGUCCGGACAUGUGUCGGAAGUGCGCAAAAGGGUACUCGAAGAAGGGCGACAUGUGCGUCCGGGACCGCGAGGACGAGGAGAUGGAUCAGAUGACCACCACCAGAUACAUGACGUACUUUGGGCUGCUGGUGGCGGGCGGCGUGCUGUGGACGCGCGCGCCGGCGCCGGCGGCGGCGGUGGUCGCGCUCACGCUCUCCUACAUCGCGCUGGCGGAGUACUACUGCCGCGUCAGCGGACACGCCUCGUUGCUGGACUACCCGCUCUUUACUAUAUAAUAAUCUAAACAAUAAAUCCAACUUGAUAA